CAAACUGUCUACUCGUAUAUAAAUAUUUUGUUUAAUUAAUUCUGCAAAAGAUUUGGUAUUUGUAAAUCUAUUUUGCAUAUUUAUUUUGUUACCAAUGAUAGUACGGAAAUUGUUAAUUUAUUCAUGAUGGAUGCAAAUGACGUUUCUCAGUUGACCGAGUUCCCUCGGUUUGAAACAGAAGGGAAUCAAAGGGGUGUUACAACAUUUUUUAAUAAAUUGUGGAAACUUCCCUUAUUUUCGCCUAACGAGAGUACAGAUCAAUCUGAUGAAAAACUAAUGGGUGAUGAAAGAAAUAACGAUCGUAGUGAUGAAAGAAGAAAGGCGGAAUACUCAGAUAAAAAUGAUAACUCAGAGAACAGUGAAUUUAGGACCAAUAUUAGGAAAAUAAGUUACCUGGGAUCUGGGAGUGGUACCCGCUACGCAGACACAGAGCUAGCCCGCUACUGGAUGCCGGACGAUAUCUCCCGCGAAUGCUACGAGUGUGCUGCGCGGUUCGGCACGCUGCGACGGCGUCAUCAUUGUCGAGUGUGUGGACAGAUAUUCUGUUCGAGGUGUUGUAGUCAACGGGUACCAGGUCAAAUAUUUGGAUGCGGGGGCGAUCUCCGCGUGUGCACAUACUGUUGUAAUGUGGUGUUAAGAUAUCUACGGGAAAAUGAUAUUACCGGCGAAAUAUCACCUGAUUUACGGACACUACAAGAGAAUUUACAGAUAAAAUUCCCCGAAAACAAAUCGACGAGUCCCCACAGUCGUGACUUCGUGUUCGCUCGCGAGCAAGAGACGUGCGAAUUUAAAAGCACAACCAAAGAUAUCUAUGAAAUUUAUAGACAAUUGUCAUUUGCGUUGCCUACACAGCAACAUAGAUAUCGGCUAGUAAGAUAUAACAACGUGUGGCGUGGAUGUGACAUGUUACAAUGGGUCAUGGACAACACUGUACACAAAACAAGGGCACAAGCGACGCAAGUGUGCCACAGUCUCAUACAACUGGGCUACGUGGAGCGAGCCACUGAGCCCUCGCAGUUCGCCGACUACGCGCUGUACCGCCCGCUGAGCAUAGCGCGCACUGACACUAAGGACCAACCUGAAGAAGAACAACCUGUAGAAGAACCAACUAAAUUAGUGGAAAGCGUGUCGUCGUAUUGCCUAGAUCUAAAUCUAGGAAAUAGUUCAGCUAGACUCAUCAAAUCCACCAAAACAGAACCAACGGAGGUAAAGCCAUCAGAGGAAGAACAACAAAAUGUGGAUCAAAAUGAAAUGGACGAUUCCCCCCGGCCAGUGUGCAAGGCCAUAGAGCAGGCUGGGGCGGAGCACUUGGCGCUGCUGCUGCGGCAGUGCCUCGCGCGGCGCGGGCUGGCGGCGGCCUGGGCACCCGCCCUGCUGCCGCUCUGUGUGCACGCCGCGCACGUCACUGUGCCCGAUUAUAUGGGCAACGACAUCGACGUCAGGAAUUACGUCCAAAUUAAAAAGGUACCUGGUGGAGAUAUGAAGGAUAGCGUGGUUAUACCGGGCGUGGUUAUGACCAAGAAUGUAGUGCACAGGGGUAUGCCGCGUCAGAUUUCAAAUCCGACGGUGCUGCUUCUAGAUUGUUCUAUCGCGUACCAGCGCGUGGAGGGGAAACUCACUUCCUUGGAACCUGUUCUAAUGCAGGAACAAGAGUACCUAGCGCGAUGUGCGGCCCGCAUAUCAGCGUUGCGGCCCCGCGUCGUGCUCGUGCGGGGCGCUGUGGCUAGAGCUGUGCAGGACAGGUUGAGGGAAUUGGGUGUAGCCUUAGCACUCGGAGUUGGUGAUAAAGCGUUGCGCAGAGCAGCCAGAUGUGCUAAGGCUGAUCUAGUGGCAUCUAUAGAUGCUAGGAUUGGAAUGCCUAGACUUGGCACUUGUAAGAACUUUUAUGUCAAAAAUUAUUCGAGCAAAACGCUCAUGGUGUUAGAAGGAUGUGCGGAACCGAACUUAGGUUGUUGUAUUUUACUACGCGGCGCUAAUAACCAAGAGUUGAUGCGAGUAAAGAAAGUAGUCAAGUUCAUGCUACUCGCUUGCUAUAACUGGAAGCUAGAAAAAGCAUUCCUCGGUGACAUAGAAGCUGUGCUACCAGAACCUGGAAUGAGCUUUGUUGAUGAUGAGGAUGAUCAAAAUGAUGAUAAAAACACAAAAGAAGAAAUAAUAGAAACCGGGGAAGCGGUACUCGAAAGAAUAAAUACCAAUGGUUCUGAUGAUAGCGACGAUAUCUUUGAUAACGCUAGAAGCAAUGCUCUUAUUGAUAAUUCUGAAGUAAAAGAGAAUGAUUCAAAUACUGAAGGUGUUAAAGACACUGAUCCACUAAAAGCGAAGCAGUUUCGUAAAACUGAAAGCGAUAAGAAUCUCAGUUGCGGUGUGCCGAUACGGGAUUUCAGCGAUCCGUUGAGGUCUACGCUGUCUAUGGAAGAUGAGGUUUUUCUGCCCGAGGAGGCUGAGUUGAAAGCGGAUACGAAGAGUGAAAGAUGGUGUACAGACGACGUAGUACUGUCAAUGUCACCCAACAUAGUAGUCCCAGCGCCAAGUAGGCCGCUGUACUCAGCACCACGCCCGCACACACCGCGCCCGCAGCGCACGCACGGCAAGGAACUGAAAACAGCGCCUGUACCGGAACCCCACCCGUUCAUAAAGCAAGCGAUCACAGCACCUGCGGACGACUUGGCAAUGCGGAGGUCGUUAGCGCACUUUCGCGCUACGGGAUGUCGAUUUGUCACUGAUAAACAUAAGAUGGAAUGUCCGAAAUACAAUCCAUCUGUGAUCAAGCAAGUGGAGAGUGAGAAAGAGACGAACAAACAGACAGAAAGUGUGGAACCCCCGGAUCCGUUGGACCCGGUAAAUCAUCAGAAACUAAGUCUACUAUUGUACAGCUAUAGCAAUAAGUCGCCGAAUGUUCCAGACUUCUGUGUUAAUCCUUGGAUAGUAACAAUGGAAAUGUAUGGACGUCAUGAUAUUUCUCUGGGCGCAUUUCUAGAGAAAUACUGCUUCAGUCCCGACCACAAGUGUCCUUCAAACACUUGCCAUGUGCCCAUGAACCAGCAUGUUAGGAAGUUCGUGCACGAUGACGUGUGUAUAACAAUAACAUGCAAUACUAUUGGCCAUAGCAAUGUCGAUAAACCGAAGGAGGAUUUGAAUAAACAGGUGAUGUUCUGGUCGCGCUGCGAGACAUGCGCCACCGUAUCUCGUGGUGCCCCCUUAUCCCGCAGCGCGCGGUCGCUCUCACUGGCCCAGUACCUGCGCACACGCGUGGCCGCCCCCAGACUAGCCCGUGCCCUGUGCCACCACCCACUCAGCGCACAUUCACACGCGUUCGUCACUCGACUCACUACGGCUUGCUUCAGGUACAACAAGAUUUCAAUGUACGAGAUCCAACUGCCGCCAGACGUGAUAUCCAUAGAUUACGACGUGAAACAGAUGCGAGAAUCCCUUAUCGCACAUCUCAAUGACUUAAUGCUAAAAGGUCACGAGACACUAAGUUCGAGUGAUAACUGCGGCGAGGCGGAGCGUGAAUAUGCCGCGUUCAAGCUGCAUAUGGAGCAUUUGCAUCUCGCACUUACUGCUCCUAGUAAUAUGCAAUCGGUUCCUGACAUGGUCCGUCGACUCUGGAACGUAUACGAUAACAUAAUAACUGGAGAGAAGAUGCUGCGAGAUGCACAGGACAAACUAUCUCUCACCGCUAAGGGCAAAGUGCAAAUGGAGAGUAAUGUAGAAGACAGGACAGAUUCAGAGGACUCCACUGGAGAUUCGUCGAAUGAAAUAAGUGAUGGUAACAGAGAUUCCGAAAAAGAACACGGUGAAGAAGAAGAAGAAAAAGGUGAUAAGAAAACAGUGAAGCAGAUUUUGUCACAACUACUCAGCAAUAAUCAACCGUCCAAUCAGGGUGGUAUGAUAAUAUCAAGCGGGGUUGUACCAGUGGUGGUGAAAGCUGGUGAAAUAGGCUCAGUGAUAGCGGCCACACUUGCGUCUGUCACUUAUCAGCAUACGUUGCAACAACAUCGACAACGUCAUAGUACUCAAAGUGAGCAAGAGGAACAAGAGAACUUAACAUCUAGUAAAGAUAAAACUGAUGGCGAUAAGGCGAAGGCCAAGUCGAAUAAUGAUCACAUCGAGGUGUUGUUAAAAGACGGGCUGGUGUGUCGCGUGUACUACGCAGCACAGUUCCACAAGCUGCGGCACAUGCUGGUCGCGCCGCUCAGCGCUGCGGACAGCACUGAGAACCGAGACGAGAAGUGCUGCGACCCGCACAAGGAGAGGGACAAUAAAGGUGUGUGCGAAAUAGAGGAAGGUUUCAUCCGUUCGUUAGCGCAGUGUGUGCCCUGGGCUACUAGGGGAGGAAAAUCUGGCUCUACAUUCUGUAAAACUAAAGACGACAGAUAUGUACUGAAAGAAAUGACGAAGCCUGAAUGGCAGCAGUUCUUAGAAUUCGCUCCACACUAUUUCAACUAUAUCACAAACUGCAGGAAUAAUAAGCAGCCCAGUUUGCUCGCGCGCAUCCUGGGCGUGUUCAGCGUGGGCGGGGCGGGCAGCGGCGUGCUGGUGACGGAGCACGUGUGGUACGGGCGCGGUACGUGUGCGCGGUUCGACCUGAAGGGCGCGGCGCGACAUCGCCUCGCGCUCGGAGCCGCCGCCGCACCGCCCGGGCAAGCUGUGCUCGUGGAUGAUAACUUGCUUGCAAUACGCUGGGACCGUCAACUCUACGUGUCGGCGAGUACCGCUAACACGCUAUGGAGUAGCCUGGAGCGAGAUACCGCGUUUCUCUCGCAGCACCACGUGAUGGAUUACUCGUUACUACUGGGGAUACAAGAUAAUACGCUCGUUUUGGGGAUUAUAGAUUACAUCCGCACAUUUACUUGGGACAAAAAACUUGAGCAUCUAGUGAAGAAGAACUUAGGUUCAGGCCAGCCCACCGUGGUGUCACCUGAACAAUAUCGCAGAAGAUUUUGUGCGGCCGCUCGCAAAUACUUCCUGCAUUGCCCACAUCAUUGGGAUCUUAUUUUUGGAAAUUAGGAGAAAUUUUGCGGGAAAUAUGGAUUUUUGUAUAAAAUAUGUAAAAAAUUAUAAGCAAAAUCGAUUUUUUUGUGCAAAAAAAAUUAUUAUUUUUUAUAAUUUAUCUGUUAUUUAUUAUCAAAUAAUAUAGAAGGCGUAGAAUGAAGGUUUUUUUUAUUUUGAAAUGAAUUUGCAAACUUUAUGUUGUACAAUAUUAAAAAUUAUGUUGUUUUUUUGUUUCGAACAAUUUGAGAUGAAAUUUUAUACUUAUAUUUUGCUUGGGUAAAAAUCGGCUCUAAUGUUCAUUCGAUUAUGAUAUAAAAUAUUACUUACAUUUGAUUAAAUGUUGCUCGAUAUCAGAUUAAUGAUAUGUAUUUAAAAAAAAUUGCUUUCAAAUUGUCGCUCGGUUAAUUUUUAGAUUUUUUAUAUUUUAUUUACUUUCCAUCUUCCAUCUACUUAAUAAAAACCACAAGGAAUAUUAUAUAUUUCAUAACUAGUUUUAAGGUGUUUGAUUUAUUCCGAUUUGUUACCAUAUUUUUUAGUCUUAAAGUUGUGAAAAUGAAAUAUGAAAAAUUAUUACUUGCAAUAAUAUUAAUACAAUAUAUGUUUCUGUACCAGUCUUUCCAAAUAGAUUGUAUUUAUAUUUUUAUAGGAAUAAUAGUUGAAUCUAACUCAUUUUUAAAUAUUGGCUUUAAGAAAGUAUUAGCUGAUUGGAGUCUCAAAGAAUUAGCAUAAUAAUUAGUAUUAUAUACCAUUUAUUUAAGUACAUAUGGUACUCAAAAUAAAUAUUUAUUUUACAUUCUAAAAAUAGUAUUUUUGUUUUUUCCAGUUGAAUAUUAAUAUUUUAUUGCACGUUUAGUUACAUUCCAGAUCAUUAGUUUUAAAAUGUUAUAUUCUUUCACCUGAUGUUAUUUUUACACACCCGCUUAAUAAAUGAAUUUUAUUUUAAA